UGUUGCAGGAAGGCUCUAGGGCUGUUCCGUGCCUCGCUUAGCCCGAUUCUCUAGUCCGCCACCGCAUCAGCAUGCCGAAGGUUGUGAAACAGGAAGGGGAGGACCCCGACCCCACUCCCUACCUGUUCGUGUCUCUUGAGCAGAAGCGCAUCGAUCAGACCAAGCCCUACGAUGCGAAGAAGGCGUGCUGGGUGCCGGACGAGAAGGAAGGCUACUUGCUCGGCGAGAUCAAGGGCACGAAGGGUGACCUCGUCACCGUGUCUCUGCCGGGCGGCGAGGACAAGACGGUCAAGAAAGAGGCGCUCUCGCAAGUGAACCCACCCAAGUUCGAGCGUGUCGAGGACAUGGCCGACCUGACCUACCUGAACGAGGCAGCCGUUCUGCACAACUUGAAGCAGCGCUACUACGUCAAACUAAUCUACGACAAGAACUUCAAGAAGGAGCAAGUGUCUCAAGUGAACCCCCCCAAGUAUGAGAAAUGCGAGGAUAUGUCCAACCUCACGUACCUUAAUGACGCUUCUGUCUUGCAUAACCUUAAGCAGCGGUACUACCACAAGCUGAUCUACACCUACUCCGGCUUGUUCUGCGUCGCCAUCAACCCCUACAAGCGCUUCCCCGUCUACACUCUCCGCUGCGCCAAGAUGUACCGUGGCAAGAGGAGGAAUGAGGUGCCCCCUCACAUCUUUGCCAUCUCUGACGGUGCCUACGUCAACAUGUUGACCAACCGCGAGAACCAGUCUAUGCUUAUCACUGGUGAGUCUGGUGCCGGAAAGACUGAGAACACGAAGAAGGUAAUUGCCUACUUCGCCACUGUCGGCGCCAGCACAAAGAAGGAAGACGUAUCAGAAGCACAAAAGAAGAAGGGCACUCUGGAGGAUCAGGUCGUCCAGACCAACCCCGUACUUGAGGCCUUUGGUAACGCUAAGACCGUGCGUAAUGACAACUCCUCUCGCUUCGGUAAGUUCAUCCGUAUCCACUUCGGCCCCUCUGGUAAACUGGCCGGUGCUGAUAUUGAGACCUAUCUGCUGGAGAAGGCCCGUGUCAUCUCCCAACAGUCUCUGGAGCGCUCCUACCAUAUUUUCUACCAAAUGAUGUCCGGUUCUGUCCCCGGCCUGAAGGAAAUCUGUCUCCUCACCAACGAAGUGAACGACUAUCCGGCCCAGUCCCAGGGCAAGACCAGCAUCCCGGGCGUCGACGACGGCGAGGAGAUGACCAUCACCGACGGUAAGACGCGAAUCCCGGGCGUCAACGACUCGGAGGAGAUGCUGGCGACGGAUCAAGCCUUCGACGUGUUGGGCUUCACCCAGGAAGAGAAGGACGACAUCUACAAGAUCACCGCCUCCGUCAUGCACAUGGGUGGCAUGAAGUUCAAGCAGAGGGGUCGCGAGGAGCAGGCUGAAGCCGAUGGCACUGCUGAGGGUGAGCGUGUAGCUAAGCUGCUGGGCACCAACCACGACGACUUGUACAAGAACUUGCUGAAGCCCAGGAUCAAGGUCGGCAACGAAUUCGUGACCCAGGGCAGAAACAAGGACCAGGUCGCCUACUCCGUAGGUGCCAUGUCCAAGGGCAUGUUUGACAGGCUGUUCAAGUGGUUGGUGAAGAAGUGUAACGAGACUCUUGACACCAAGCAGAAGAGACAGCACUUCAUUGGUGUACUGGAUAUUGCUGGCUUCGAGAUUUUCGACUACAACGGCUUCGAGCAGCUUUGCAUCAACUUCACCAACGAGAAGCUGCAGCAGUUCUUCAACCAUCACAUGUUCGUCCUCGAGCAGGAAGAGUACAAGAAGGAGGGCAUUGUUUGGGCUUUCAUUGACUUCGGCAUGGACUUGUUGGCUUGCAUUGAGCUGAUUGAGAAGUUCAACGGCUUCGAGCAGCUGUGUAUCAACUUCACCAACGAGAAACUGCAGCAGUUCUUCAACCACCACAUGUUCGUCCUGGAGCAGGAGGAAUACAAACGCGAAGGAAUCGAGUGGACUUUCAUUGACUUUGGCAUGGACCUGCAGGCUUGCAUUGAACUGAUUGAGAAGUUCAAUAGCUUCGAGCAGCUUUGCAUCAACUUCACGAACGAAAAGCUGCAACAAUUCUUCAACCACCACAUGUUCGUGCUGGAGCAGGAGGAGUACACUCGCGAGGGAAUCGAGUGGGCUUUCAUUGACUUUGGCAUGGACCUGCAGGCUUGCAUUGAGCUGAUCGAGAAGUUCAAUGGCUUCGAGCAGCUGUGCAUUAACUUCACGAACGAGAAACUGCAGCAGUUCUUCAACCACCACAUGUUCAUUCUCGAACAAGAAGAGUACGAACGCGAAGGCAUCAAAUGGACCUUCAUAGAUUUUGGCAUGGACCUCCAGGAGACGAUAAACCUUAUUGAGAAGCCUAUGGGUAUCUUGUCAAUCCUGGAGGAAGAGUCUAUGUUCCCCAAGGCUACUGACAAGACCUUUGAGGAGAAGUUGCUUAGCCACCACUUGGGCAAGUCUCCCAACUUCCAGAAGCCCAAGCCCCCCAAGCCUGGCCAGGUUGCGGCCCACUUCGCCAUCGGUCACUAUGCCGGCACUGUGUCCUACAACAUCACCGGCUGGCUUGAGAAGAACAAGGACCCCUUGAACGACACUGUUGUCGACCAGUUCAAGAAGUCCUCCAACAAACUGUUGGUAGAGAUCUUCGCUGAUCAUCCUGGCCAGUCCGGUGCUGCUGAAGCCGGUGGCGGUGGUGGCAAGGGUGGCCGUGGCAAGAAGGGCGGUGGCUUCGCCACUGUGUCCUCCUCCUACAAGGAGCAGCUGAACAACCUGAUGACCACCUUGAAGAGCACACAGCCUCACUUUGUGCGUUGUAUCAUCCCCAACGAGUUGAAGCAGGCAGGUCUUAUUGACUCUCACCUGGUAAUGCAUCAGCUCACUUGCAACGGUGUACUUGAAGGCAUCCGUAUUUGCCGUAAGGGCUUCCCCAACCGUAUGGUCUACCCUGACUUCAAGCUCCGAUACACUAUCCUGUGCUCCAACCUGGUCAAGGAGAUCUCCAACCCGCGGGACGCCACGCAAGUCAUUAUGGAGCACGUUCAGAUCGACACGGAGCAGUACCGCAUGGGCAACACCAAGGUGUUCUUCCGUGCCGGUGUCCUGGGUCAGAUGGAGGAACUUCGUGAUGAGCGUUUGGGCAAGAUCAUCUCCUGGAUGCAGGCCUGGAUCCGUGGUUACUUGGCCCGCAAGGAGUACAAGAAGCUGCAGGACCAGAGAAUCGCCCUCCAGGUCGUCCAGCGCAACCUGCGCAAGUACCUUCAGCUCCGCACUUGGCCCUGGUGGAAGCUGUGGCAGAAGGUCAAGCCUCUGCUCAACGUCACCCGAGUGGAGGACGAGAUGAAGAAACUGGAGGAGAAGGCCGCGAAGGCAGAGGAGGCCCUCGCCAAGGAGGAGAAGCUGCGCAAGGAGGUUGAGGCCCUCAACGCCAAGCUGCUCGAGGAGAAGACCGCCCUGCUGUCCAGCCUCGAGGGAGAGAAGGGAUCUCUCGCCGACAUCCAGGAGCGCAGCGCCAAGCUCGCCGCCCAGAAGGCCGACCUCGAGUCCCAGCUCCACGACACCCAGGAGCGCCUGCAGCAGGAGGAGGAUGCCCGCAACCAGCUCUUCCAGAGCAAGAAGAAGCUCGAGCAGGAGAUCUCCGGCCUGAAGAAGGACAUCGAGGACUUGGAGCUGUCCGUCCAGAAGUCCGAGCAGGACAAGGCCACCAAGGACCACCAGAUCCGCAACCUCAACGACGAGAUCGCGCACCAGGAUGAGCUCAUCAACAAGCUCAACAAGGAGAAGAAGAACCAGUCUGAGAGCACGCAGAAGACCGCUGAGGAGCUCCAGGCCGCCGAGGACAAGGUCAACCACCUGAACAAGGUUAAGGCCAAGCUCGAGCAGACUCUGGACGAGCUCGAGGACUCUUUGGAGCGCGAGAAGAAGCUGCGCGGUGAUGUUGAGAAGGCCAAGCGCAAGGUUGAGGGUGACCUGAAGCUGACCCAGGAGGCCGUGUCCGAUCUGGAGCGCAACAAGAAGGAGCUCGAGCAGACCAUCCAGCGCAAGGACAAGGAAAUCUCUUCCCUGGCCGCCAAGCUGGAGGAUGAGCAGUCCCUCGUCGCCAAGCUGCAGAAGCAGAUCAAGGAACUGCAGUCUCGCAUCGAGGAGCUCGAGGAGGAGGUCGAGGCCGAACGCCAGGCUCGCGCCAAGGCUGAGAAGCAGCGCUCCGACCUCGCCCGCGAGCUGGAGGAGCUGGGCGAGCGCCUGGAGGAAGCCGGCGGUGCCACCUCCGCCCAGAUCGAGCUCAACAAGAAGCGUGAGGCCGAGCUCAGCAAGCUGCGCCGCGACCUGGAGGAGGCCAACAUCCAGCACGAGAGCACCCUGGCCAACCUGCGCAAGAAGCACAACGAUGCCGUGGCUGAGAUGGGCGAGCAGAUCGACCAGCUCAACAAGCUGAAGGCCAAGGCUGAAAAGGAUAAGGCCCAGUUCGCUGCCGAGUUGAACGACCUCCGAGCGGGCGUCGAUCAUUUGGGCAACGAGAAGGCCGCCGCCGAGAAGGUCGCCAAGCAGCUGCAGCACAACCUCAACGAAGUCCAGGGCAAGCUGGAUGAGUCCAACCGCACCCUCAACGACUUCGAUGCCGCCAAGAAGAAGCUCAGCAUUGAGAACAGCGACCUCCUGCGCCAGCUCGAGGAGGCUGAGUCUCAGGUGUCUCAGCUUAGCAAGCUCAAGAUCUCCCUCACCACCCAGCUCGAGGACACCAAGCGUCUCGCCGACGAGGAAUCCAGGGAGCGCGCGACCUUGCUGGGCAAGUUCCGCAACCUGGAGCACGACUUGGACAACAUCCGCGAGCAGCUGGAGGAGGAGGCCGAGGGCAAGGCUGACAUCCAGAGGCAGUUGAGCAAGGCCAACGCCGAGGCUCAGCUGUGGCGCUCCAAGUACGAGUCCGAGGGAGUCGCCCGCGCCGAGGAGCUCGAGGAGGCCAAGCGCAAGCUGCAGGCCCGCCUCGCCGAAGCCGAGGAGACCAUCGAAUCCCUCAACCAGAAGGUUGUCGCCCUGGAGAAGACCAAGCAGAGGCUGAGCACCGAAGUCGAGGACUUGCAGCUGGAGGUUGAUCGCGCCAACGCCAUCGCCAACGCCGCCGAGAAGAAGCAGAAGGCCUUCGACAAGAUCAUUGGCGAAUGGAAGCUCAAGGUCGACGACCUGGCCGCUGAGCUGGAUGCCUCCCAGAAGGAGUGCCGCAACUACAGCACUGAGCUCUUCAGACUGAAGGGCGCCUACGAGGAGGGUCAGGAGCAGCUGGAGGCUGUCCGCCGUGAGAACAAGAACCUGGCCGAUGAGGUCAAGGACCUGCUGGACCAGAUCGGCGAGGGUGGCCGCAACAUCCACGAGAUCGAGAAGGCCCGCAAGCGCCUGGAGGCUGAGAAGGACGAGCUGCAGGCCGCCCUUGAGGAGGCUGAGGCCGCCCUGGAGCAGGAGGAGAACAAGGUCCUGCGCUCUCAACUGGAGCUGUCUCAGGUGCGCCAAGAGAUCGACAGGCGCAUCCAGGAGAAGGAGGAGGAAUUCGAGAACACCAGGAAGAACCACCAGCGCGCUCUGGACUCCAUGCAGGCCAGCUUGGAGGCUGAGGCCAAGGGCAAGGCCGAGGCUCUGCGCAUGAAGAAGAAGCUCGAGGCCGACAUCAACGAGCUGGAGAUUGCCCUGGACCACGCCAACAAGGCUAACGCCGAGGCCCAGAAGAACAUCAAGCGCUACCAGCAGCAGCUGAAGGACAUCCAGACCGCCCUGGAGGAGGAGCAGCGCGCGCGCGACGACGCCCGCGAGCUGCUGGGCAUCAGCGAGCGCCGCGCCAACGCCCUGCAGAACGAGCUGGAGGAGUCCCGCACCCUCCUGGAGCAGGCCGACCGCGGCCGCCGCCAGGCCGAGCAGGAGCUCAGCGACGCGCACGAGCAGCUCAACGAGCUCAGCGCGCAGAACACCUCCAUCUCCGCCGCCAAGCGCAAGCUCGAGUCCGAGCUGCAGACCCUGCACUCCGACCUGGACGAGCUUCUCAACGAGGCUAAGAACAGCGAGGAGAAGCCAAGAAGGCCAUGGUCGACGCCGCCCGUCUCGCCGACGAGCUGCGCGCCGAGCAGGACCACGCUCAGACGCAGGAGAAGCUGCGCAAGGCGCUGGAGACCCAGAAUCAAGGAACUGCAGAAGCUGGAGCAGCGCCGUGCGCGAGCUGGAGAACGAACUGGACGGCGAGCAGCGAAGCACGCCGACGCCCAGAAGAACCUGCGCAAGAGCGAGCGCCGCAUCAAGGAGCUCAGCUUCCAGGCCGAGGAGGACCGCAAGAACCACGAGCGCAUGCAGGACCUGGUUGACAAGCUGCAGCAGAAGAUCAAGACCUACAAGAGGCAGAUCGAGGAGCCACUAGGUAUAAAUGAGAACCGAACAAUUGGAAUAAGUAAGGAAGAAGGAGAUAAAGGGAAUUUAGGAGAAAAUGGGAUUAGUUUCCUUAGAAAUAAAAGGAGAUCGAGCCUGCCAGGAACUAAUAGAUUCAGAUCAAAUAGAAAAAAACCCUUUGAAUAUAUCGUCUAG